AAGCAAAUGUUUAUCGAUUAAACUAACCACACUAGUUGAAUAUUUGUCAAACAUGACAAAAAGGCAAAUUAAAUUAUACGAAUGGCCAAGUGAAUUAGUGAAGUGCCGCCUUUAAUUUCAAUGUUUUGGAUUGGCUGGGUUUUUUUAUUGCCUUUGGAAAAACAUGGUUUUCCUAUUGCUGGUUUCACUCCCACUGUCUUGAGUUUUAGGUGACCAUUAUUUCUAAAUUCUUCAAGUAAUCACAAAAAUGAGGCGCAGAGCAGGCCUAGGUGCUAUUCAAAAGCAAAAGUUAGAACAGGUGAAAUACAGAGAAAAGGGUUCAGAAAUACAGGAGAACCAGUUCCAGCAGAUGUCCAAACAACUCGAGGUGUUUAGAGAAAACUUAGAAGAGUUCGCGACCAAGCACAAAAACGAGAUCAAGAAAAAUGCCCAGUUCAGGCGACAGUUCCAAGAAAUGUGUGCUGCUAUUGGUGUAGAUCCUUUGGCAUCUGGAAAAGGGUUUUGGUCUGUAUUAGGUAUUGGAGAUUUUUACUAUGAAUUAGGAGUUCAAAUAGUAGAAGUAUGUUUGGCUACUAAUUACAAAAAUGGUGGACUUAUAACUUUAGAAGAGUUGCGCACAAGGUUAGUGGCAGCGAGAGGGAAAGCCAAAAAACAUCAAGAAAUAACUAAUGAAGAUCUAUUAGCUGCUGUUAAGAAGUUACGAAUAUUUGGAAAUGGGUUUACAGUUGUGCCGAUGGGUAAAGGUAAAUGGCUGGUUCAGUCUGUGCCUGGAGAGUUGAAUCUGGAUCACACACUGGUGCUACAGAAGGUCAGCUCCUUGGGCACAGCUUGGGUGUCGAACAGCAUCCUCAUGGAUGAUUUAGGUUGGACUCAAACAAGAGCUCAAAGUGCCCUAAGUUAUAUGAUAAGAGAGGGACUAGUCUGGGUGGACACACAAGAUCCAAAUGAGACUCUGUUAUGGUUCCCAAGCAUGUUUGCAGAUUGUGUUUCAGCCUAACACACAAAGAUUUUAGUGUUCAGUAAUAACUUUUUGUGAUAUAAUCUAUGAAGUUUGAGCUGAGACUCCGAACAAAGAAGGU